GCCGGCUGCUCUCUCUUCCCUUGCUUGUCCAGAUCUACUCCCAUAUUCAAUGGUCCCCUCGAAAAUCCUUCUUCCCCCACAGAUCGACCUUACUCAUGUCUGGCGACUCCACCAAACAACCUUCUCCUGCAAAAACUACUUCCAUGGCCGGCGACCAAGAAGAACAAUCCAUUCCCACCGAAUCUGCUCCUUCCAUGGCUGGUGUCAAAUCCUCACAUCCCAAAGAGCUGCCAUCUGCCGGAUCUGCUUCAAUGGCCGGUUCUAAGGCCACUCAUUUCUUGAGAUCACCUCUUGCAGAUUUGGUUAAGCUCUUCCAAACCCAAAAUCUUCAAGAUGAUAUUGUUUCCUCAAAAAUCCUCUAGUGGCCUUGCACGUGUGAAAUCUGAUGCGGGCGUGCCACUUACUUUUCUGAAAGUAAGAAAAGAGGACUUUCUCA